AAUAGACAAGUGAUGGCUGAAACGAUCGCAGAACUUUCCUUGGCUUUCCAUCGAUACCUACCUGCCUCCUAGUUAAAACUCAGGUUUCGUCGAAUCUCAAAAACAUGGCAACAUUUUUCGUGCUUACAACUGUAGCCUUAUUGGCUGGCGUGAACGCAUAUGGCAUGAAAAAGAUGAUGGGAGGUAUGGGCGGCAAAGGUGGCAUGAUGGACAUGAUGCCAAUGAAGCCUAUGAUGCCAAUGGAAAUGAUGGGCGGUAUGGGCGGUAAAGGUGGCAUGAUGGACAUGAUGCCAAUGAAGCCUGAGAUGCCGAUGGAAAUGAUGGGCGGUAUGGGCGGCAAAGGUGGCAUGAUGGACAUGAUGCCAAUGAAGCCUAUGAUGCCAAUGGAAAUGAUGCCAAUGAAGCCUGAUAUGCCAAUGGAAAUGAUGGGCGGUAUGGGCGGUAAAGGUGGCAUGAUGGACAUGAUGCCAAUGAAACCUAUGAUGCCAAUGGAAAUGAUGGGCGGUAUGGGCGCUAAAGGUGGUAUGAUGGACAUGAUGCCAAUGAAGCCUGAGAUGCCGAUGGAAAUGAUGGGCGGUAUGGGCGGUAAAGGUGGUAUGAUGGACAUGAUGCCAAUGAAGCCUAUGAUGCCAAUGGAAAUGAUGCCAAUGAAGCCUGAUAUGCCAAUGGAAAUGAUGGGCGGUAUGGGCGGCAAAGGUGGCAUGAUGGAAAUGAUGAAAAUGAAAGAAAUGAUGGACAUGAUGAAAAUGAAAGAAAUGAUGGAGAUGAAAGGGAAGAUGGAAAUGAUGCCAAAAAUGAUGGAAAUGAUGCCAAUGAAAAUGAUGGAAAUGAUGAAACCUGAUAUGCCAAUGCCAAUGGGAAUGAUGGACAUGAUGAAACCGGACAUGCCAAUGCCAAUGAAAAUGAAAAUGAUGGAAAUGAUGAAACCUGACAUGCCAAUGCCAAUGAAAAUGAAAAUGAUGGAAAUGAUGAAACCUGAUAUGCCAAUGCCAAUGCCAAUGGGUAUGAUGGACAUGAUGAAACCUGACAUGCCAAUGCCAAUGCCAAUGGGUAUGAUGGACAUGAUGAAACCUGAUAUGCCAAUGCCAAUGAAAAUGAAAAUGAUGGAAAUGAUGAAACCUGAUAUGCCAAUGCCAAUGCCAAUGGGUAUGAUGGACAUGAUGAAACCUGGUAUGCCAAUGCCAAUGCCAAUGGGUAUGAUGGACAUGAUGAAACCUGAUAUGCCAAUGCCAAUGAAAAUGAAAAUGAUGGAAAUGAUGAAACCUGAUAUGCCAAUGCCAAUGCCAAUGGGUAUGAUGGACAUGAUGAAACCUGAUAUGCCAAUGCCAAUGCCAAUGGGUAUGAUGGACAUGAUGAAACCUGAUAUGCCAAUGCCAAUGAAAAUGAAAAUGAUGGAAAUGAUGAAACCUGAUAUGCCAAUGCCAAUGAAAAUGAAAAUGAUGGAAAUGAUGAAACCUGAUAUGCCAAUGCCAAUGAAAAUGAAAAUGAUGGACAUGAUGAAACCUGAUAUGCCAAUGCCAAUGCCAAUGGGAAUGAUGGGCAUGAUGAAGCCUGGUAUGCCAAUGCCAAUGCCAAUGAAGAAAGGAGUAUAUUAAACAAACGUUUUGCGUAGUACUGAUGAAUAUUUACAUAUUAUAUAAAUCUUAAACAGUUGUAGAAAA